AUGUCCAGUUGUUCCGCUGCCCGUCAAGCGUUUAAAGUUUUAAUCACGCAUCCGAAUGUGCCCACGCCGGCUCUGGAUUUGCUGCGCUCACGGGGCGGCGAGUUGAUUGUUUGUCAGAGCGUGCCGCCGUUGCGCUCCGAGAUUAUCAGCAAGGUGGGGGGUGUGGAUGCCAUACUAUGGGCGCACUAUCAACCGCUAAAUGCUGCAAUUUUGAAUGCAGCUGGCGCCAAAUUGCGUGCUGUUAGCACCAUGUCCUCGGGCAUAGAUUAUGUGGAUGUGCCGGAGUUCAAGCGGCGCAGUAUACCACUGGGACAUACGCCUGGCGUGGUGCGUAACUCUGUAGCUGAUCUGGCAAUUGGAUUGAUGAUAGCAGCCGGUCGCAAUUUUCAUGCCGGACGCUGUGAGAUCGACAGCUCGCAGUGGCGCACUGAACAAAUCGACUGGAUGAUGGGUCAGGAAAUUCGCGACUCCGUGGUGGGUUUCUUCGGCUUUGGUGGCAUUGGUCAGGCGAUUGCCAAGCGCCUGCAGAGCUGGGAUGUGGCCAAAAUACUCUACACAACGCGCACUCGGAAGCUCAACGAUGGUGACUAUAAAGCGGAGCAUGUACCAUUCGAACAACUCCUGAGGGAGAGCGACUUCCUAGUGGUGGCCAGUCCACUCACUGAGGAAACACGCGAGAAAUUCGACGCGCUGGCAUUUGCACAAAUGAAAAGGAGUGCGGUGUUCGUCAAUGUGGCCAGAGGAGGUCUCGUAAAGCAGAGCGAUUUGCACGAUGCUCUUAAGUCAGGACGCAUAUUUUCUGCCGGCUUGGAUGUCACCACGCCCGAGCCGCUUCCCGCUGACGAUCCCAUCUUAAAGCUACCAAAUUGUGUUGUAUUGCCACAUAUGGGCACCCAAACCUGGAAGACCACCAUAGAAAUGGGCCUGUUGGCUGCCAACAACAUACUGAAUGCCUUGGAAGGCAAACCCAUGAUAAAGCCGGCUUACUGAUAAUUGAAUACAUUUUUCAUUUUAUUGUUGUUGUUUUAUUGCACAAAUUUUCCAACUUAGUCA